AUGCACGCAACGCUCGUCGGUCUCGCCCUCUUGAGCCGGACGCUUCUCGCCACGCCGUGUCCGUACAGCGACGUCAAUGCAAGCGUCCUCUUGGCCGCCGAUGCGACCUGCGCCGGCGGGCGCACCGAGGUCUGUGGUGUCAGCAGCGCCUGCGUGCUGCUGGACGGCGACCUCGACAACGGCCUAUCGACCUUCACGGGCUUUGGCAGCCUUGGCAACCUCUCCAACUAUGUGCAUAGCCACCUGACCAUGGGUGCGAGUGCGUCCAUGACGUUCGCCGCCGCAUUUCUACCGAGCUACCUCACAUUCAUUGCGUUUGAAGACAUUGGCCUCGUCAACCUCUCGACCUCGCGGUCGCCCUGGUCCGCAAAUGUCACGCACCUGUCCAUCGUCAAUGGCGCACUGGACGCGACGACGUUUUCCUGGCCCUGCAACCUUACCAGCCUGACUCUGCGCAAAAAUAAUCUCUCGGACGCGCCACCGCAUCUUCCAUCGACCCUCACCACAAUGGUUGUGGAAGACAAUCAUUUGCAUCGACUGCCGCCUGUGAUGCCACGCCUUGAGCACCUGCACCUCGACGCCAACAACAUGACGACUAUCACCGACGUUGACUGGUCGAAUCUCGUGACAAUACGACUUGGCCGCAACCCGAUCGACACGAUUGCUCGCGUCAAAUUCUCGUCGUCCCUCCGCUUCUUCGCCUGUGACGACUGCCCCGUGGAGCAAUUCACGCUGACGCCAACCUCGUUUCGUGCGCUUGAUGCGCUGCCGGCAUGGGACGGCAACACGUCGUGCUUGACGGGUUUCUACAUGACGCGCAACAUCACAUUGGAUUCAUCCGCCUGUGCCAAGCUUCAGGGGACGGUCGUGCCGCUAUGGGCGGGAAAAGCCCCUUUGCUUUCCUUUCACGUCUGCCUCGUCCAAGACGCGAGUGGAGCUGGGGCUGCGUCCUUGCCCUCGUUAUCGGCAGGCACGGGGCUUGCGAUCGGCGGCAUUGUCAGCGCCUUUGCGAUCGUGCUCUUGGUGGUCGUCCUCGACCUCAAGCGCCGCCAGUGCCAAGGCGAAGCCACGUAUGAUGACGCAUACGCAACUGUGCAGCCGUCACCGACGCGCCACGCGCAGACCGUGUACGUGUACCCGUCGCGGGACAUGUACUAUACGUGGUUUCCGGGAACGGCGACCGACUUGUUUGUCAACGACUAUGGCGACUGGCACUUUGUCGACCGCAACGACGACGGGUCGCUUGCGGUUGCGGUCACGAUCGAGCCCACGACGCAUGCGUUGGUGGCGUCCAUUUAG